AUAAUUUCCUUCAGUCUACCCCUGUUGAUAACAUCAAGAUACAUGUAAUACUUGACACAGUUGGUAUUAAUAAUUAUGAAUUUAUUAUAUUUUUUAUGAAUAAUGAAUAUAAUUAAUAAGUGAAUGAAUGUAAUUAAUAAGUAUACGAUAUCGAUAGCGGGAUUCGGGCAAAGAGAUCAGAUUAGAUUGCUGCACGUCGCGAUGCAGUCAGCUCAGGCGCUAUCUUCUUAUAUAAUAUACGUUUCUUAUAUAAUAUACAAUUAAAUGUGCAAAGGCAAAGACAGAUUAAAUUACUUAUUUUAUUGAUGUUUACUAAAAAAGAUACGCUUUCUUAUCGUACACGCAUAUUAACUUUUAUCUCACUUUUUUCGUAACUGCGCAUUUUGAUCUGGCUAAGUGACGUUUAAUUGUGUAUUAUCACGUGUAUUAUAUCUACGUUCGAUGAUAAACGCAGUAAUAUCAAAUAUUUAUCAAUUUAUAUAAGAUUAGCUUUCCAACGUGUUUGCUUCGUGAAAAUAAUACGUUGGACGCAAUACAUUUAUAGAAUCAUGAUUAAACUAUGUGAAAUAUGUGGUUUAAUCAAAUGUGAGGACAUAAUGUCAAAAACACAUAAUGAUUGUAUUCACACGUGACAUUUUUGUUAUAAGAAUCUGAUAAGAGUCUCAUAAGUCAUUGCCAAAUCCAUCCCAUGAAAAUCAAAUGAUUGCGAUAAGAUUCCUCGAUCAAUUCGAUUCAAUCUUUGAUGCUUUUACAGUUUGGUUUGAUGAAAUUAAAAUACCUUAUCUUAUUUUUCUUUUACCCUAUUUUUUUAACAUAAAAUUGGUCCAUAAAGGAAGAAAGGAUUCUUAAUUGAUCGAUAUGUAAAUUCAAAACGGAAAAUGAACAACGAAAGGAACGUCUGUAGGAUGUUUCUUGAAUAAAAAAAUUGCGCACUCUUUUCUCUCAUUCUCUCGCAACAAACGUAGAAAUUCCGUAAAUUACGGUAAUUGCAAAUCAAAUUUUAUUUACAUGAAUUGCUAAUAUUUAAAUCGAUUUAUUUACAUGAUUAGCGAAUUAUUCUGGUCUCUGUCAUAACAUCUGAUUUAUGUCUAUGGGAAGGAGCAAUAUACAGUUAGACGCGUCGUUGAUCAUUGGCGGUUCCCAUCGAACGCGUCUGCCACCUAAUUAUCAGUCGCACUCAUACACACAUUGGUUUCUUGCGUAUGCUUGGACUAUAAUAUAAUGGUAGUCUCGGUGGUAAGAGCCAUCCAGUGGAGAUUGAGUGGCCGCAACGUUCGCAUCACGGAUGUAUUUGCUGUAAUCUUCUGACGUGAGAGGCAUCCGGGGGUGACGACGACGACGACGACGACAGCACUAAUUAAUUAGUUCGCGUGCCUAAUUUGACAGUAGAUAAUUUUCCACGACUAUGGCUGGGCUGGUUCUGCUCGUCUUGGCGAUCUUGACUUGUAACAACGCGGUCUUUGCUCAUCCCAUCGACGACACCUCGCAGCGACAGCUCACGCGGCAGCCGAUCUACUGGCAGCUGCGACGGCAGCUCUUGAGAGAUGAGAUGCGACAGUCUCUGGGCGGCGAGCUGCAGCUGAAUCCGAUCGAAGUCAGGGCCAAUCGAGUCUUGAUGGCAGCAAAAUGUCGGGAGAUUCACGAUGGUUUUACCACUGGCAGCAGUUUCUUACCGGCACGUAACUUUAUGGAGGUGAUAUCGGAAAUCGAGAAGUCGGAGGUGUUCAAGAUCCUGCGUGAUUUGCCAAAAGGCGCCAUUCUCCACGCUCACGACACCGCUAUCGUCUCCCUCGAUUAUAAGCUCUACAAUCUGACUUACCGCGAAAAUCUUUACGCGUGCGAUGCGAACGAUACUCUGAAACUCAAGUUUUUCAACGUAUCCGACGACGAGUGCGAUUGGCAAUUGCUGAGCGAGUUGCGGCGAGAUCCGGUCCAGGCUGACGCGAUCAACGAGAGGAUCAAACGACAGCUGACCAUGGUCACGGAGAAUCCGAGAAGCGCUUACGAUACCGUCGACAAGGCGUGGAGCAAGUUCAACAGCAUCUUUAUGUUCAUGCGCUCCUGGCUGUCCUAUCGACCCGUUUACGAGGACCAUUUGUAUCGCGGCCUCCAGGAGUUCUACAACGACAACGUCAUGUACGUGGAGCUGCGAUCGACGUUGUCGCCGUUGUACGAACUCGAUGGUAGGACGUACGGGCCAGUGGAAGUCGCGCAGAUUCAUAAAAACGUCGCUGACAGAUUCGUAAGGGAUAAUCCCGAUUUCAUCGGGAUGAAACUGAUAUACGCGCCUGUGAGAGCCGUCGAUGCGCAAACGGUAGAUUACUACCUGAAGACGAUGGUGCAGCUGAAGCGAGUCUAUCCGGAAUUCGUGGCUGGUUUCGACCUGGUCGGUCAGGAGGACAAGGGGAAACCGCUCAUCGAGUUUGUCAACAAGUUGAACGCCGUUGAUCCGGAAAUCCGAUUCUUCUUUCACGCCGGCGAGACCAACUGGAACGGAGAAUCGACGGAUUUGAAUCUCUUCGAUGCUUUCUUGCUCAAUACCAAGCGCAUCGGUCAUGGGUAUGCAUUGACGAAGCAUCCGCUCCUGUGGAACUUCGUCAAACAACUGGGAAUUGCGGUAGAGAUCUGUCCUAUUUCAAACCAGGUCCUCGGCCUUGUGGAGGAUAUGAGGAAUCAUCCGGCCAACAGCCUGUUCGCGUCAGGAUCGCCCGUAGUGAUCUCCAACGACGACCCCGGGCUUUGGGGUGCUCAGGGGCUGACUUAUGACUUCUACGAGGCUUUCAUGGGCCUUAUGAGCGCCAAUUCGGAUCUCAGGAGUUUGAAGCAGCUGGCCAAGAAUUCGCUGAUGUACAGCGGCAUGAAUGACCAGGAGAAACGUAACGCACUGAUACGGUGGCAGGCCAAGUGGCAUGCCUUCGUGAAAAAAUUCGCUCGAUCAUCACUUCAGUACGAUGAGCCGACGACGACAAUAACAAGCUCCUCGUUCUCGUCCCUAUCAUCGAACGCACGUAAUCGAUGAUGAGCAAAAUGGAAAUACUGCCGAUGUAUAUGGAAUGACGAAACCAUUUUAUCACACAAAUCGCUGUAACAUCACGUUUUACUUAACUACGUUUUAUCUUUACGCGAAACUCUACCUCAUGCCGUUUAUGCAAUUUAAGUACAAAUGACGCCGUUCCGUGAAGAAAUCUGUUACUGCGCGAAAGCAGACUUUUUUUCGGAAAAAAGUCCCGUUUUCUUACGUUUUAUACGAUGGAAGUGUUUUAUAAAGUAUAAGAUGUAAUAAACGAUGACGUGUAAUAAAACGUCGAAAAUAUGAAAAACAAUUUUUUUCCGCAAUAUGUGAUGAUCUGCAUUAAUUCGAUGCCUACCGUAGUAAAGAAAAACAAAACAGUUCUGUAAUUUCACCUUGUACCAUUUCAGCCAUUGUUUGACUUAAAAGUUGACUUAUCUUUUAAUUAAGGAAAAAAGGUGAAUAAAUAUUGGGUUAUAACAGAA